AUCAUUUGAAUUAAUUGAAAAAUAAGUAAGUUAUUGGAAAAUUAUAUUUAUUUUUAUUAAUUACUAAAAAAAAAAAAAGGGUCAAAUCCUAUUGAUCCAAAUAUAGAGCUAGGUCAAUUUUUACAUCAAAUCCUACUCCAAAUCCUAAUCCUAAUCUCAAUUCCAAUCUAGUUAUGUCUUCUUACCCAACGGGUCUAGAUAAAUAAUGUAUAAAAAAGGAGAUCUAGUUCAGAUCAUGUUGUUGACAGCCGCUGGCCGUUCAGAAGAGCCGUAGAAAGGAAAGGUAGAUAAAUAAAUUCUCUGUUUCUUCUCCAGCCAAAUAACAAAGGGACAGAUUAUCUCCGUCCAGCCAAAUAAACACAGGUUGAAGAUCAUGUCGAAGAGGCUAAUGCUGAAGGGGAAUAAGAGUCGGACGAAUUUUCUCCGACCAGUCAAAUAUAUACAGGUUAAAGAUCCAUCCAAAUAAAUACAUGUCCAAGAGGUUGAUGUUGAAGGGGAAAAAGAGGCUUAACGAACGAAUUUUCUCCGAUCAGCCAAAUAAAAAUAUUUUGGAGAGGCAGAUGUUGAAGGGGCAAAAGUGAAGGCUGAAGCAAGAGGAGAAAAACAAGGAGGAAGACAUGAUGAGUAAGUUGCCAGAUGAAAUUCUGGAAACAAUUAUGUUGUUUGAAGAUGGAAGAAGCGGCAGCGGCGAGUUUGGUUUCUCAGCGUUGGCUAAAGAUUUGGAAGACUACACUUACGACUAGGUCUAGGUUGGAUUUUAAUGUCGACAAUAUAAACCAAUUGGAAAAAGGGUGGUCAAGGGAGGAUUUGAUAAACAAGAAUAUAAAUGCGGUGAAUGAAGCAGUGAACUUGUACAAGGCACCAACUCUGGAUGAGUUUGAUUUAAAAGUUUGCAGUUUAAAUUCAGAUCAUUGUCAUCAUAUAAACGCAUGGAUGGAUUUUGCUGCCAAAAAACAAGUCAAAAAGCUAAGUUUGAACCUUUCGACUAAUACUUAUGGCCACGCUACUUUGUGGGUGAUAAUUUUCAUUGCCUCAGGGAUUUGGGUCUCCACAAAUAGGAUGUCAUGUCCGUUUCCUCAGUUUCCUCAAUCAAUGAGCAAGGUUGAGCAUCUAAAAUUGCAAAUGGGUUUGCCUUGUUUUCAAAUACCAAUUCACCGUUUGCCGGGUUUUUUUGAAGCAGCUCCUUGCUCGAAUACUUUCUCGGUGGAGGUCGGCUACUCAUCAUUUAAUCAUCCAGCGAAUGCAAAUGCCUUGCAGUGGUUGGAUAAACUUAUACCUGACAAAGUGAAGGACCAUCCAUGUCAAUACCUUAAGGUGGUGAAGUUGGAAACUUUUGCUGGAGGCCAAUAUGAAGUUGACUUUGUCUUGCAUUUACUCAAAAACUUCUGAUGACGUGGCAGAUUGUGUUGACGUGUCAACACGUGGCAGAUGACAUGGCGAUUGCGUGGCUGACGAUGUGUCGGGUCGCGUGGCAGAUGAUGUGGCUGAGUGCUAUGACGUGCCUGCUGACGUGGUCGUCUUCAACCUCCAGACGGCACGUGCGGGGCGUGAGGCGCGUGAUCUGCUGCAGAAAAUUUCAGAUGGUGCGUGCGGGCGCAUUAGGCUCGUCGUUUCUCUCCGACGAACUUGGUUGUUCUCUUUUUGUCGAGUACUUUCAUCUGGUAUUGUCAAAUUAUUGAUUUGAGCAACUUUUCAAAACAUCAACUUGAAGAACAGGCUCUAUUUGUUCAAAUUUUGAACCCCAGCUCUUGACCUAGAGCUCUGACACCACUUGUUGUGGUUCUCUGACCACUUUAGAGAAGAAAUAUGAGAAGAAAAAUAAAAAGAAUUCUAUUACUCUCUUGAAAUAGAAUACAAAAAUAAAAACUUUUCUGGUGGAGGAUUUUUACGUGGAAUCUCUCUCUACACUGUCAAAUUAUCUCUAGAAUUGCUCACUCUUAUCUCAAGCUCUCUCUGGAACUUAAACACUCUCUCUCUCGGAGUUUACUCUCAGUACUCCUCACUUGGGAUGAUAUUGGCCUUGCUCUAUUUGGUUUGAAUAUGCAUGCAACGGGCCUAUUUAUAACCUUACUAAGUCGGUUGCAUGGCCACCAUUUUCAACUUCUUCUAACAGGUGCCCACAAUUGUUGAGCAAAUUAUUUUUCGGUGUUAAUUGCAGCCACCAUUGUCAACAAUGGUGACUGAGCAGUCUUAACACUGUCGGUGCAGUAAUGGUGCGGCUGGACUUCACAGAAUUCUGUCUUGGAUGUGCCAAGCUAUUGAAAACCAAAAUAAUCCAAAUGAAUACUAAGGUGGAGGUAAUUAUAAUUUGAUUAUGAAUAAAUUAUAUAUUAUGUUUUUAUAUUAUUUUUUACUAGCAUUGACUACAA